CUACACAUCUCUAAGCCAUUGUUGUCAUAUCUCGACCGAGUGUAAAAUAAAAAAAAUUGUUUUAAUUACGUUCUAAGUACAAUAAUGGGCGUGUUAGAGAAUGUCAAGGACUGGUUCACAUCAGACACAUCCAGGAAUAAGAAUUCUUCGCUUAUAGCUGGCCUAUUGUUUUUUGCAGGAUGGUGGAUCCUAAUCGAUGCCAUGUCUUCCGACGGCGGUCACCAAAUUACCACAGGAUAUGUCUUCAUAGGCAUAUUCGGCACCAUCAGCUUCUGUAUGGUGAAUGCAGUCAAAGGGGAGCAUAUUUCCGAAGAUAACUCGUCGGAGUCCGGGGCCAGGCUUGCCAAACUUUGGCUACUGGUUGGCUUCGUGAUGGGCUUCGCCUCCAUCAUAGCUGCCAUUUGGGUGAUGAUUGACGAUUUCAUCAACAAUGAUAAGAAAGAGGCCUGGCUAGGCGUCGCCCUGCUUCUACAGAAUGUCUUCAUAUUGUUCGCCAGUUUGGUCUACAAGUUCGGGCGCAACGAGGAGGAGUGGAACGAAUAAAGUCAUCCAUCCUUUGCUGCAUGUAGGAAACCGCUGCUUUUAGUAUUUAAAUCCAUACGUACAACAUAUUCAAACAGUCCACAAGGAUUAUGUCGGCGGCAGAGGCCAUCUCCCACCGCCUCAUCCCCGUUUUAAUGCAUAAUGACACACGUAUAAUCUCAUUUAUAGAAUACUAAAUAAACGACAAGUCA